AUGUCAUCCUCAAAUACAAAACCAUCGCUUGUGGGCUCGUCGGUUAGAAACUUCACCGAUAUUCCAGCUCUGACAUCUACCGAUGACAGCGUGGUCUCAUCUUCUUCAAGAGUCGCAAAAAUCCAACAUGAAGCAACAUUUCCGCAAAAUCCAUCCAUAGACGAUUUAAUCCUGGAAGGUGCUCUUUUGGCCAACGAUGAUGAUGAGUACACCCAAAUCUUAUUUGAUAAAGAUGGCAAAUUGAAACAGCAAGAUGAAGAGCAGAAAAAACUUGAACCAACUUUGAGCGCAAGAUUGAUUUCAACCACCAAUGUUUCCUCAUUAGAUCCAAAAUCUAUUGCCAAGAAAGAGGAAGAAGAAACUAAAAUUGAGAGCAAAGAAAAUGUUGUUGAUGAAAAGGAAAAUGUAGUUGAACACGACGGAGAUGAGAUUAUUGAUAAGGCAACUGAUAAGGCAACUGAUAAGGAAAUUGAAGAAGCCAAAGAAGUUGAAGAAGCUAAAGAAGUUGAAGAAGCUAAAGAAGUUGAAGAAGCUAAAGAAGUUGAAGAAGCCAAAGAAGAGGAUGUACCACACACUGAUACUCCAACAACAUUUAACAAUGAAACUGAUCAUAAGGAAGCUGUUCCGUCUUUGGAAGCCAUGAUUAAUGGCGUUUUGAGUGAUCUUGAUAAAGAGAGAAUUUCUGAAGAGAAGAUCUACGGGUAUAAAACUGAAACUAGCGUUGAAGAAAAGCAUGCUUCUAUUGAAUCACCUCUCUCAAUAGUUAACUCUGUGUCGACUUCAGAACCUACGGCACCUGCAAAAGCAGUGAACAAUAUUUUAUCUCGAGUUGGGUCGUAUGCUUCAACACAUGGUCCAAGUGACCACCGUGAUGAACCUCAUCCCCCAGAACAUAUCCUUGAAAUGGAUUCUGAGUUCGUCCCCCCGGCAGCCGCCAGAGAGGGUUCUCAAUUGAGCAUGACCAAUUCUUAUAAAAGUUUAUCUAUUGGUGCGACAUCUGUUAUCAAUAGUCGUGAUGCUAUUGGGACCACGGCGUCAUCAAGUAACUUUAUUGCUACCAGACCAAACUUGGCUAGUGGCGAUUCCUAUCAACAAACUGUUUCCCUGCCAAUGGUUUCUGAUAGUGCAUUGGAAUCCUCUACUGAAGUGAAUAAGUCAUAUUUGCAAGCAUUGAAUAAAACUCUUUCCUACCAAAGUAUCGCCAAUUCUGAAGCCGGCCAUGCCGAUCCUGACCAAGAAACUUUAGAAAGUGAAGGUGCCUUGAUUAGUGACCCAUAUCAACAUGAUCCAGAAAUGGAAGAAACUAUUGAAAAAGUCUUGGAAAAAGUCGAAAGCAUGCGUGUUUCGAUGAAUGAAGGAAAUGAUGAUGAUAAUUAUGAAGAUGAUGAUAUCUCCAAGAUUAUAGAUGAAGUUAACAAUCAAGUUGAAGAAGAAAAAAUGCAAAGCUUUGCCCCAGUAGUAGAAAAGGAAGUUAAGGAACCAGUCAAGGAAGAGAAGGCGACUUUAGCCAAGGAAUCUCCAUCAACUAUUCCAGAAAUCAAAACCGAUAUAAAACCAAAUGAAGUUGAAAUGGAUGUUCCAAAAUCACCAUUAGAAAGAUUAGCCGAUAAAAUCUUGGAAGAUCUGUCUCCUCUGGAACCAGUUGAGUUGCAAGAAAUUCCGAAACCGGUUGAAUUGGAAGAGCCUGAAGUUGAAAAGAAAGAAUCGGUCACUGUAGAUAAUUCGAUUGAGGAAAAUACAAAAGAGGAAGUCAAGAAUGAAGCUGAGACUGGAGAUUCAAAAGCAACUAGCAAGGCCGAACCGGAAACUGAAGAUAUUAAUGAAUCUGUUAACGAUCCUGAAAAAGAAAAGCCACUUAAUUUCAAGAAAUCGGUAGCGACUACUGUAACAAAUGCUCCUGAAACUAUCAAAAAGGAUGAUGAUAUUGAUGCCCUUUUGGAUGGUGGAGAACUAAACCUUGAUGAGAUUGAAGAGCUUGAGAGAAUGCUAGAUGAUGAUAUUUUAACUACUACCGCUAAAUCUCUUAGAACCACACCUUCCUAUCGCGCCCAACAUAGCGCUCCUCCUCUUGAAAAGACUGCUAGUGCCACUCUACUUCCAAAACCGGAAUCCCAGAGAGAAGCCAAUGAUUUUAAUGAAGAGAUCCAGAAGCAAGUCAUCAAUGAUCUUAAAAAUGAACCGGUUUAUAUUUAUACUUCUCUUGCUUCAGGUGGGUUCCAUAUGAUUCCUAGAACUAAUCGUUUAGCAACAAUUCUAACUGCAAACAAGGUUCCGUUCACAUAUCGUGAUUUAGGAACGGAUGAAGAAGCUAGAAAGGUUUGGAAAAGAUACGGUAGCGGAAGAACAUUGCCAGGUGUUAUCAGAGGCAAAGAUGAUAUAAUUGGAAACUGGGAGGAAAUGGACGAAUUCGCUGAGUAUUAUGAAGUUAGAAAGAGAAUUUAUGAAAUGUACUGA